AUCCUGGGAUGGGAUAGUAUAAUUUCGACCAUAAGUGAACUGGUUGCGUGAUAACAGAGAGAUGUUAUACAAGUAUUUUAAAUCUAAAUCAUAAAUGUAAAUGGAUUAAUUAGUUAGGCGUUUAUUUGAAAAUUGGCCCGCGCAACGUGUUGGUUGGGGAUUACCGUAAUGCAUCCUAUAAACAAUCGCUGUGGCUGCUGGCCUGACCGAAGUAUGCAACUGGCACUGUACACACGCCUAUAGCGUUUGGCACGUUUAAGGAAUGUAAAUGUCGCAGGACAAGGCAGACCAGGAGGACGAGCUGCUUGCCUUAGCAAGUAUCUAUGAGGAGGAGUUCCAUCGAGCGGACUCUGCCCAGGCGGGAGAGAUCCAGCUCUGUGUGAAGCUUCCACCUGAUUUUAAAGUUGUUGUCAAAGGGGAGAUGCAAACAGAAUAUAAAAUCAGCUUCUUGCCUCCUUUGGUUCUCAACUUUGAGCUUCCUGAAGACUAUCCAUCCACAAAUUCGCCACUAUUCACUGUCAGCUCAAAAUGGACGACCAGAGGACAGUUGAGCUCUCUGUGCCGACGCCUGGAUGAACUAUGGGAGGAGAACCGAGGAUGCGUGGUCCUCUUUACAUGGAUUCAGUUCCUCAGCGAGGAGGUGCUGGACUUUCUGGACAUCCAGUCGCCUCUCCUAGUCACCAGGCAUGAAAGUAAGGCGAGCGGUGAGCGCAGCAGGAAAGCCGACCACACGGCCACAGUUUGUUCAGAUGUGACACAGCUUGGGAGGCCUUGCUCGGAGAAGAUAAAACGAGAGCUAAAGAAGAAAACAUCUGACCAACAGCCGUCAUCAGGGUCUCCACUGCUGGACCCGCGGGCAAUCGUGUCUAUGGACAUGCGCGUUGACCUCUUACCUCAUCUGCUGGACUUUGACGAGGCGCAACGCCAGAGGGUGUUUGACGUCACGCCGUUCUCCUGCGGCAUCUGCUUUUCGGAGAAACGCGGCGCUGACUGCCUAUGCUUUAAAGAGUGCCAGCACGUCUACUGCAAAGCCUGCAUGACGGAAUACUUCCAGAUCCAAAUACGGGACGGCAACGUGCAGUGCCUUAAUUGCCCUGAGCCCAAGUGCUCCUCUUUAGCCACGCCUAUGCAGGUCAAGCAGCUUGUGGACAAGGAACUCUUCGUUCGCUACGACCGCCUGCUGCUCCAGUCCAGCCUGGACCUUAUGGCCGACGUGGUGUACUGCCCUCGCCACUCCUGCGGUACGGCGGUCAUGGUGGAGCCCGACACCACCAUGGGCAUCUGCUCCGUAUGCCAGUAUGCUUUCUGCACUCUGUGCAAGAUGGGCUACCACGGGGUCUCUCACUGUAAGAUCCCCGCAGAGGAUUUGCGUAGCCUCCGAGAUGAGUACCUGUCGGCUACGACUGAGGGCAAAAAGUUUAUGGAGCAGCGCUUUGGGAAAAGGGUGAUCCAGAAAGCUGUGGAGGAGUCCUUUAGCAGAGACUGGCUCAAUGAGAACUGCAAAUGCUGCCCUUACUGCGGCACCAACAUACAGAAAGUAGACGGCUGCAAUAAAAUGACGUGCACCUCGUGCCGCCAUUACUUCUGCUGGCUCUGUCUGGACCUGCUCAACAAAGCCAACCCGUACAGUCACUUUAACAACCCACACUCACCCUGCUACAAACAACUCUUCCAUGGUGUGGAUCUGGAUGAUGAGGAUGCCUUAUGGAGUGAUGAAGAAGACUGAAGACUUCUUUGUAGUGCUCCCUGCAGGAAUGCACUUUAUCGUACACCAGUCUUUUUAUUUUUUGACUCUUGCAGUGAUGCGCUUUUUCAUGAUAUACACUAAUCAGGCAAUUUAUUAGGGACACUGUAUAAUCGCGUCCAAUUAGAUGUUUAGAAAUCACUUUGUCUUUAUGAUGAUAAAGCACAGUUUUCAUGUUUGCUAUAUAAAGCAUAUCAGUAUGAGGCAACUAAAUUUAUCCCAAAAAAUUGACCUCACCAUCCAUCCAUCCAUUUUCUGAGCCGCUUAUCCCCACAAGGGUCGUGGGAGUGCUGGACCCUAUCCCAGCUAUCAUCGGGCAGGAGGCAGUGUACACCCUGAACUGGUUACCAGCCAAUUGCAGGGCACACAUAAACAAACAACCAUUCACACUCAUGUUCACACCUAGGGGCACUUUAGAGACUUCAAUCAACCUACCAUGCAUGUUUUCAGGAUGUGGGAGGAAACCGGAGUGCCCGGAGAAAAGCCACGCAGGCACGGGGAGAACAUGCAAACUCCACACAGGCGGGGCCGGGGAUUGAACCCCAGAACUGACUGACUGGUUGCCGCAGAACUGAGGCAACCAGUCGUCCACCGUGCCGCUGUUCUGGUUGCCGCAGAACUGAGGCAACCAGUCGUCCACCGUGCCGCCGCUCUAACCAGUCGGCCACCGUUCCGACACAAUACAAUUUUAUUUUUUAAAUGUCACAAGCAUUUUGUGAUUUCUUUGCUUUUUAUAAGAGUUACAAGAUUUGAUGAGCGGGAUCAAAUGCUCUCCCAUGGCCCACGUGCUGUAGGUUGCCCACCCUUGAUUAUGAGCUUAAGUGUGGUGCUGAGAGAGGAUUUUCAUACUUCCAUCAUCUCAUUUCACUACACGGGAAGGCCAAAAUAUCGGGAUAUCACAGUGGUGUGCGCAGUGAAGUUACUGUGUAGUGUGUAUGUCUAUAGCAUGUCUCCCAAUAAUUUUCCAACUCUUUGACUGGCCAAUAUUUGAUUUUGGUGUUUAUGAAUUAAAUGAAAGAACAUUUUGUAUUUAAGGAAAUGUAAUGCCACAAAAUAAAAGUGUCAGGCAGUCAAAGACUGAUUAGAUUUAUUUAUUAUUUUUUUUUUUUUGUGCCCUGUUUGUAUGGAGGUAUUUACAGAAUGAAUGAGCACAAGUGGAGUAUUUGUCCAUUGUGUGCCAAUGCAGACAGUUUGUUUAAGAUGACUGUGGUUCUUUUCCUCUCAAGUCCUUUUAAAAACCUCACUGAUCUGUUUUAGAUCAGGUUUGAUUGUGCCAUCUUUAGUUUUAACCAUGUUUGAAUUUAUUUAAUUUGGAUCAGAGGCUGUUUGUAUGUUGCCAAAAGCUACUAUCCAUUUAAGGGGAGCGUAGAGUUAGGAUGUUUGACAUUUUUGAAUACUGUUUUUACUUGGAACAGAAAGAAACUAUCUUUUUGUUUGUUUGUUUGUUUGUUUCUGCAAAGUAUGUUCCAGCAAAAGAGACAUUGUUCAUUCUUUUAAUCACCUUUCCUGUCAUCACAAGGGCCUUUGUUCAGCUUCAAAAUAAAUGUCACCUGUCUUGGCAUUUAAAUCAUCUAUCCAGCGUCAGUCAUUUGAGUUCACAUUAAAGCUUUGAAAACCCUUGCGUCUUCAGCUCAAACAA